UUCAUUACGUCACUCACGAAUUGUAUAAGGUAGGUUACACGUGAGGGCAUGUGUAGCCUAAAAUUUAACUCUUUAAAGGGACCGCAGUCACUUUCAUAAGCACACCAAAAGGAAUCGCUCCUCCCUUGGUUAUAACACUGUAUUCGAGUGUGGACUAUAAAUAGACAGUAAAUGUCAACCAUUGACUUCCAUGCUACUGUACAUCAAGAUGUCGUUUGUUGCAAACACUGGGAAGACACACGUGGAAGAGCCACUGCAAUGCAAUAAAACUGCAGUUGUAAAGAUGAACGAGUUUCACUUAGUUCAAGUUAAAGGCACAUGGAAACGUAAAACUGGAAACAAUUUGAAUAAAAACUUAAAGAGUCGAGUAUCAACUGCCAAAAUUUAUGAGAGCGCCACAGGACAAGGGACCUCCUGGACAGUUGUCAGCCCAGUUGUAUUCACCUACAAGGUGACUGAGUCCUUGGGCCUGCUUGACCCUCGGAACGACACCCUGCUUCUAGGCCACAUCAGGGACCCCCAGCAGCUGGAGGCCCUGAGGAACGGCACCAGCACAAAGCCCCUUAGACGUUUCGUGGUUAUGGACCAAACUGUCUACAAACUCUACGGCUGCCAGCUCACCGACUACUUUGAGGCCCGUAACGUUCUCUACAGGAUCCUUCCCCUGCCCACCACAGAGGAGAACAAGUCCAUGGAGUUGGUGAUGAAGAUCCUGGAUGAGGUCCACACGUUUUCCCUGGACAGACGCACUGAACCCAUCAUCGCCAUAGGAGGAGGGGUUUGCUUGGACAUCGUGGGCCUGGCGGCUUCCCUCUACAGGAGGCGCACCCCCUAUAUCCGUGUCCCUACCACCCUGCUGUCAUAUGUCGAUGCCAGCGUAGGGGCAAAAACAGGGGUGAACUUUGCCAACUGCAAAAAUAAGCUGGGUGGCUACGUCCCCCCAGUGGCCGCUUUCCUGGAUCGCUCUUUCAUUCAAACUGUUUCUCGAAGGCACAUAUCCAAUGGGCUGGCCGAAAUGUUAAAGAUGGCUUUGAUGAAACACAGGGCUCUCUUUGAGCUUCUGGAAGCUCACGGAAGAUUUCUGUUGGACUCCAAGUUCCAGUGUAACCUCGGAAUGGAGGACAACCAAAACGCUGCCUCCAUGACCACACGCAUGGCCAUAGAAGCCAUGUUAGAGGAGCUGGCGCCAAAUCUAUGGGAGGACGAUUUGGACAGACUGGUAGACUUUGGUCACCUUAUCAGCCCAGAGCUGGAAAUGAAGGUGCUCCCGUCCUUGCUGCACGGAGAGGCGGUGAACAUCGAUAUGUGCUACAUGGUGUACGUGGCCUGUGAGAGAGGUCUAAUGACGGACGAGGACAAGUUGCGGAUUCUAAGUUGCAUGGCGGGGCUGGAGUUGCCAUUGUGGCACAAGGACGUCACUAUGGCACUAGUGCAGCACUCACUUUCCGAGAGGCUAAAGCACUCGGGUGGAUUUGUCCGAAUGCCGUUACCCAUUGGCCUAGGGCACGCAGAGAUAUUCAAUGACACAGAGGAUGACACUCUAUUCAGAGCGUUUGAAAGGUGGUGUGAUGAACUACAACCACAGGGACCUGAGCUAGUCCAAAGAGUUUGAAUUGAUGUUGAUGACUCACAACACUGUUUCCAAAAAAGUUGUCACCAUGUAAAGUGCAAAUAAAAACAGAAUUAUCCAAUAUUAUCCCU